CAACGCGCUUACACGCUGACAAAACAAAAGUACUUAAAAAGCGGCGAUCACACCAGCUAUGGGUACCAAAUACCCUCAAAUCAUUAAACACGAUUGACUGAAUUAUUCUGCCGACGUAAAAAAAUCGUCCAUACGCUACUAAAGAACGCCGAGCAACAUCACGGCAAGCAUCAUAUGAUGGCAGAUGAUUUAACCAAACCAUAAUGGCCGGCAGUUCUGGAAAUAUAGACCAAGUGGUGAAGCUAAGUCAAGCUAUCAGCAAAACUACAACAGGUGUAGUAGAAUUUUUCUCAGGUCUGAACAUUUUUCUUGCCUUCACGGCAUUUCUUGGCAAUGUUCUUAUCCUCUUCGCUCUCCGGCAAGUGACUUCUAUUCAUCCGCCGACAAAACUCCUCUUUCAGUGCUUAGCGGUGACUGAUCUUUGCGUCGGUUUUAUUGUACAACCACUAUUCUGCGCCUACUUUAUGCUCCAUGUAAGAGAGAUGAACGUGAAUAGUCUGUAUUAUAUUUUUAAAGUUGGCGGAGGUUUAACAAACAUUUUAUGUGGGAUAUCUGUUUUGACGUCAACUGCAAUCAAUGUGGACAGACUUCUUGCCUUGAUGCUGGGUAUGCGAUACAAACAUGUCGUAACCUUCAGUCGAAUUCGCUAUGUUGUCAUUUCUUUUUGGCUUACUGGUGUACUAUUUGUAGCGCUCUGGGUUUGGAGAAGAGACAUUGGACAAAAGUUAUCCUCUACUUUCAUUCUGCUGUCUCUGAUUACUUCAAUUUCCUCUUUUGUCAAGAUAUACCUUAGGUUACGACAGCAUCAAACCCAAAUACGAAACAACUUUCCCCAAGGACGUCUUAGCGAAUUAGGGAAUCAGCUGAACAUAGCAAGGUACAAAAAAACGGUGUCCAGCAUUUUGUGGGUGCAGUUUGCUUUAUUUGUGUGUUAUGUUCCUUAUGGAAUAUUAGCUGGAACAAAAAUGCUUGACAGUGUGGUGCCAAAGUUGGCUACAGAGACUUUGAUAUCCAUGAACUCAUCUCUAAACCCGGUCCUGUACUGUUGGAAGAUCGGAGAAGUGAGAAAAAAAGUAAAGGGAAUUGUUGUACAGUUGUGGUGUUGUUAA